AUGCCUGAUCUCAUAUGGAGACGCUCAAGAAUUUGCAUCAGUAUCAGUAUCGAAGUUUUCACAGAACCUCCCGGAAAGACCUCAGUACCAUGCAGAUUGUCGAUCAGUGAUGGGACCAUUCUUCAACUGCACAGCAAGAAUGCCCAAGAAUUUGCAUCAGUAUCAGUAUUGAAGUUUUUACAGAACCUCCCGGAAAGACCUCAGUACCAUGCAGAUUGUCGAUCAGUGAUGGGACCAUUCUUCAACUGCACAGCAAGUCAGACCUUGGACGCCGGCAUCUGUGGAGGAGUUCAUUAUGGAGUCUCUUUAUUAGAAUGCCCAAGAAUUUGCAUCAGUAUCAGUAUCGAAGUUUUCACAGAACCUCCCGGAAAGACCUCAGUACCAUACAGAUUGUCGAUCAGUGAUGGGACCAUUCUUCAACUGCACAGCAAGAAUGCCCAAGAAUUUGCAUCAGUAUCAGUAUUGAAGUUUUUACAGAACCUCCCGGAAAGACUUCAGUACCAUGCAGAUUGUCGAUCAGUGAUGGGACCAUUCUUCAACUGCACAGCAAGUCAGACCUUGGACGCCGGCACCUGUGGAGGAGGAUGCCUAAGAAUUUGCAUCAGUAUCAGUAUUGAAUUUUUUACAGAACCUCCCGGAAAGACCUCAGUACGAUGCAUCUGUGGAGGAGUUCAUUAUGGAAUGAUGGAUCCUGAUAGUUUGGAUGAUGAGCAAUCUCGUCGGAAAUAUCAAUGGACUUUCAAUGGAACGAAGUGGCGGAUAAAGACAACUUGGAGGAGGAAGGAUGGCAAACUUUCCAAAAUGAGACCGGGUGAUUGUUCAACGAGGGAAGGCUUCUGGAUCUGGAUCAUGAGACCGGGUGAUUGUUCAACAAGUGAAGGCUUCGGCAUCAAUUUGAAACAGAAACAGCAGCAACAACAUCAGGCGCAACAACAACGAAAGAAACAAGACCGACGUCAACCACAUCGGAACCAAUAA